AUGAAGUGUACACAAGGGAUGGGUCUGGAUGUGUCUGCUUCUUUUGCCAGCACCAUACCAUCAUGUCCCGAUUGUAAACAGCCCAUUCGUCAGUUCGUAACAAAACGAUACAAUCGUGUUAUCAAUCGAGCUGUUAUGGACGAAACAUGCAAGCGCUUCUUAAUCAAAGGACGCAGCGAUCUUGAAGCCCUUGAUUCUCAUUUGAAUGCCCUCACAGAUGCAAUUGUUGCCAAAGACACGACGGCAACACUGCCCGGCCUUGCCAAAGCACAGAUAAAGAACAGAUAUACGGCAUUUGUGCGCCUUUCAAAAGAAGCUACAUCCCUCAGUAAGAUGAUGGAUAUAGAGCAUCAACCGACGAAGCGACUCAAAGAUGCUAUUGCUUUGCGCCAAAGGUCAUCAGAUGACGAAGCCAUCUCUAUCUCCGAUCAACUUGAAACACUGAGAAUAUCCACACCCACACCUGACAAUCAGAUAACCCUUGGCGCACGAUUGAUCUCUAUCAAGGCCGGAGAAUUUGUUCUUCACGAUAAGUUUAGACUGUUGAAUUCAAACACGAAGGUCGAGGAGCCAAUCCUCGAUGUUCGGCUUAAUCGGCUCACAAUACUGUUCCUGGAGGACUGUCAGGACUUGAUCAUCCAAGCGAAGGGUGGGAGCCUCUCCCGUAUCGUCAUUACGGCAACCCUUAUGUUUGCUAAGGUCUCCGAAUUGUUCGGAUGGUACCAUCAAACUCAUCCACCGGCCACAAAUGGUAAAACAGAUCAAAAAGGACAGAGCACGGCGUUAGAAUCGCGUGAUAACCGCAGGAAUACGGCACGUGGGUUCCUUGCCGAUGCUUUGCACCUCUGUGAUGAAUUAGGCAAUUGUGAAGCGCUUCGCGAGAAAGUCGAGGAAAUGAAUCGUCUAUAUGAAGAUCCUCGAUACGAAGAGGUCACGCCAGAGGAACUUGCAUCCAUCAAGAUUGCCAUGGUUGACGGGCGAGGAGGCAUGGCGACUAACUCUGGGCAUUGGUACAAUUGUAUCAACGGACAUCCUUUUGCCAUUGGCGAAUGUGGUAUGCCGAUGGAGCUAGCGAGAUGCCCUGAAUGUGGAGCGCAUAUUGGAGGACACAAUCACCAGGCUGUUGAGGGUGUCUCUCGAGCGGAGCAUAUGGAGUAG